AUGAGGCAAAAUAUCACAAUUGGGUUAUUUUUACUCCAUUUGGGUCACAAAACCAAAGAAAAAAACUUCGAAUGUUUGAUUGAGAAAUUCACCGAAUUUGGGGAAACUGCAAUUAUCGACGUUUCCCAAAAUUUUGAAAAUCCCAUUGAGACAAUUUUCACAAAUCGUGAUUUGUCAUUUGUGACCUUAAAUUCGUCCAAAUUGUCACAAUCUGUGCCCAAAAACGGGAAACAAGUCUUUGUUUUAGGUUUCAAGACUUUGGGGGAGUUAGAAAUCACAAUUGCAAAACUCAAAAUUUUGGAAUUUUGGAACCCACGAUCGAAAUUUUUGAUCGUGAGUAAUGAAACUCUGGUGGUAGAAAAAAUAUUCCGACUAUUGUGGUCUUUCAACAUUUACAAAAUUGUGGUUUUUGGGGGUCAAACGUACUUGUGGUACCCUUACUACCAAAAUUUGACCAUUGGUACCACUUGUAAUGCAAGUUUGCAAAAUUUGGGUACCAUCCCUCGUGUUUUUGUCCCUAAACCGUUAAAAGUCCGGGUUGUGGUUUUUGUCCCAUAUGUUAUAACCCCCCAAUUUGGGAGUGACAUUACCAUAAUCAACGAAUUGGGGAAAAUCCUCCAAACUAAGGUUCUGCUCACCCAUAGUACCACUCCGUUUGAUUUUGGUACCAGUUACCCCAACCACACUGUAACCGGAAUGUUUGGGGAAGUGUACCACGGGAGGGUUGAUUUAGCCCUUGGUGGUUUCAUCCUCCAACCCGACCGUUUCACCCUCCUCGACUCCUCCUACCCCUACUCCAACGAAAUCUACUCCUGGUGUGUCCCCCAAGCCCGGAGGAUCAUCUCCUGGAGGCAAGUUUUCACCACUUUGCGUCCUCAAACCUGGCUUUUGAUCCUCGUGGUGUUCCUCCAAGUCACUCUAAUCACCCUCAAAAUUGAAAAUCGAGGUUUGCCCACUUGGAUUUUCACAAAUUUUGCCAUUUUGCUCGGAAUUUCGGUCAAAAUCCGGUCAAAAAGCCACUUUGUCCUGUUUUGGACCCUAAUUUGCCUCAUUUUGACCAUUAUUUACCAAACUGAAUUCAUUAGUUUGAUGCAGAGAGGAAUUGAGGAGCCUCAAAUCGACUCMAUGGASGCUYUACAUGCCUCAAACCUCGAAAUCCAAAUCAAACACUCGAGUUACUCCCUUUUUGGGGACAGCAAGGCUUUGAGGAGGUUCCUCAAAAGCAACACCAAGUGCGAAAAUCCGGUUAAUUGCAUCAAAAAAGUGGCUUUUGAGCRAAACGCAGCCUUCUUCGCGUCGAAUUCUUUCAUCGGUUUUAUGAAAAAUCGACUAUUUGGUGAGAAAAAUCAACCCUUGAUUCACUGUUUUGAGGGGGGGAUCAAUUUCUCGCYCAUUUUUCUCGCAAUGAGACGUGAUUUUAUUUUGCGAGACUUUAUUGAUGGGAUUUUGAGACGUUUUGUUGAAGCUGGUUUGGUGGAUUUUUGGAAAAAAGARACUUUUCUUGAAAGGGAGUUUGUCGGAGAUGGGGAGGAAUUUAAAAGUUUGGAUUUGAAAUUUUUUGAAGCUCCGUUUUUUUGCUGGAUUUUCGGGGUUGCUAUUUCAGGGGGUGUUUUUGUAACGGAAAUUUUGAUACAAAUUGAACCCAAAAUUGACCACAAACCCACAUUUUACAUCAUCCAGAUGUGGAAUGAGCUCGAGUUUGGUGAGAGUAUCAAUAUUUUGCGAGGGUACCAAAACUGGAACCCUUGGGCCAAAUUUUUGGUAAUCACACUUACAACCUUUGAAAAACCCCGAAAAGUCGCAAGUGGGAUUGUGAAAAAGUUGUGGGGGGUCCAUGUGGUCAAUGGAGUGGUUCUCCUGCCCGACCAUGAGAACCCAACUGUCUUCAAUGCCUACACGUGGUUCCCCUACAGUGAUGUGGUUCUCCUGCCCGACCAUGAGAACCCAACUGUCUUCAAUGCCUACACGUGGUUCCCCUACAGUGAUGGUAACUGUGGCACCAACUUCAGCCAAAUUAAAUUAAUCGACUCUUGCUCCUUUGGUCGGAGUACCAAAGUCAAUUGGUACCCCCCCAAAAUCCCCAACCGGCUCAAUCAAUGUACCAUCAAAGUGCGCGCGGUUCAAUUACCACCAUUUAUCAUGAACGUACCAAAUGGUUCCUGGAGUGGUCCCCCAAGUGGUACCCGUGUUGCAAGUGGAAUUGUGAAAAAGUUGUGGGGGGUCCAUGUGGUCAAUGGAGUGGUACUCCUGCCCGACCAUGAGAACCCAACUGUCUUCAAUGCCUACACGUGGUUCCCCUACAGUGAUGGUAACUGUGGUACCAAUUGA